UUUUCAAAGACAGGGCUUGGUUUGAAGAGGUUGAACAACACCGUUUCGUUGAUGCUGUUCUUCUACAUAACUUGCAAUGAACCACGGUAGUUAGUUAACUAUUUAAAAUUAAUGCGAAGACGUGACUUCUUUUGUUACUUUUUUCCCUCUUAACUAUCUCAAGGCAAAAUGACCCGUUCACCUCUCUCGGCGUCUGAAAUGUGAUACAGUUUUGAAAAACACGGAUAAUUUAAUUGCAUAUGUGCUUCGUACCUAAAGGAAAUCAUUUCACCUCCUGCAAAGGCUGGCGGACGCAACGAUGAAGUUGUGUAUAUCAGAAGAGAAUCAGCGACUGGAGAGAUUGUUGGAGGAUGCCCUGGCGCGGGAGGCUCGUUUGUGGAAAGCGCCAGUCCUGGAGAAUGAUCUGAUACAGGGCACCGACAUAUGCCUUAUACAACAUCAGGAAGUGAUUUUGUGGCUGAGAGAGAUGAACACUGCGUUUCAGUUCUGCCAGGAAACGUAUGCAUUAGCUGUGUGUGUUCUAAACAGACUGCUAGCAACAGUGAAGGCACAGUCGAAGUACCUGAAGUGUAUUGCAAUCACAACUCUUAUCCUUGCUGCAAAGAUCAAUGAAGAGGAUGAGGUAAUUGCAUCAGUUAAAGAGCUUUUGGCACAGAGUGGCUGCAGCUUCUCAACAGCCGAGAUCCACCGCAUGGAGCGGAUCAUCCUGGACAAGCUGCAGUGGGAUCUCUACACAUCGACACCCAUCGAUUUCAUCCACAUCUUCCACUCCCUGCUGCGGACCAGUCACCCCCACCUCCUCCUCCGGCUCCCGCGCGCUCAGAAGAGGCCCUGCUUCCAGGCGGAGUUGUGGACCAGGCAGGUGCAGCACUGUAUGGCGUGCCACCAGCUGUGGCAGUGCAAGGGCUCCACGCUGGCCUUGGCGAUCAUCACCUUGGAGUUGGAGGCGCUCACCCCCGACUGGUUCUCCGUUUUCAUCGAGCUGCUGAACAAAGCACAGAUUGAGAGCUCAGAGUUCAUCAAGUGUAAGGAGAUGGUGGACGAAUAUCUCUCCAGCCUUGAGGCCCCACUGCCAGCCAACGCUGUGUACAUAUUCAACAGUGACUGUGUGACCAAGUACCAACCUUUGGGCCUAGAGCCAACCCAGGUGGCCCGCUGGCAUCCGAAGGGCCAGCCUAAAGGGAAGAGAAACGGGCAUCGACCCGGGAGCCACGGGGAGAGGGAGGUGGACGAGUAUUACGACGGUUUCCGAUGCCUUUAUGACGGAAUUGCCUCUGAAGGUGAAUGCUACGGGAAUUACAGGAAUGUUGGCGUUGAUGUUUCGCCCUGCCCACCGUUGCAGCCCCACGUCGGUUAACAUGAAGGGGGAUUCACACCCCACUAUUAUGCUAGUACAGCACUUUCGUCACUCUUGCCUGAUAAUGUAUGCAUUUCGUUAUUUAGAAAUAUUCUCAUUUACUCUCAAUUAUGGUCACUGAAUAUGCAUACUUACAUACCCUAAGAUUACUUUGUGUGAGGUGUGUGUGUGAUUUUUAGUUGGGAUUUUUUUAUAUUGAACAUGUCUGACUGUUAACAGAUUAAGCUUUUUUCUACUUUUUCUACUUUCAGUUUUGUACACAUGCAACUAAUUUUAUUAUGUUCCUUUGAUUACUGCACUUUUUAACAUUCAGUUGUAUAUUUUUGAAAAGAAUUAAGUUACUGAAUCAAUAUUUUGAUAUCAUGUUUCUUAUAGGGUAUUAUGUUUUAUGUCUGAAAGGUAAAUUUUAAAGGCAGCUACUCGUUACUGUUGAGAAAAACUGUUAAGCUGAGAUUUUCUUUACUGUUUUUUUGUUAUUGGUUUUGACUCGCAUGUUUUAUUUUCCAUUAAAGUGUUGUGAAACAUUA